GAGUUUUUCUACCCUCACAAAGUACUUUCACUUUCAUUUCCCUGAAAAACCGAGGUUUUUGGCGGAAGUGAAAAAGUCCACCGUUAUAUAGGAGUUGGGUCCAGAUCAGACCUUCACUGUUCCCCAAUAAGCUUCAGGAAGCUACAGGAUAUCAGAUCUGGAGAGAAGAUGUCUAAGAACAAUCUUCUUGAGACCUUUAAAAGGAGCAAAGUGGAAAUAGCCCAGGCAGUAACGACUGCUUUUCCUUUCCUGCCGAUACUGCGAGACUAUGCUGUCAUUUCUGAUGAAAGGUUCCAGCAAGCUGAGGAGUCCCAGAAUUCCAGACCUUUGUCCGAGGUGGUAUACAAAAUCCUCACAGAGCUGGAGAAGGAAUUCAACCCAGAGACUUUGACAGCUUUGUUCCACCAAUCCAACUUAAAGAAAUAUGUGCCAUUAGUCAAAAUCCAAAAGCGCUUCAAAGACGUGUUGUUAGGUGAACCACCUUCCAAAGUCAAUGGCGGAGCUCUAGCCCAGAUGUUCAGCUUGGAUGAGGAGGCAUCUAAUGUCAGCACUUCCCAAAGCUCCAACAAAGAUGCUGAGAAUAACAAUGUCCCCUCAAAGGUUGGGAGAAAACGAAAACCAAGAGCCCCUCGUAAGCAAGUCAGCUGGGUUAGAAAGAGAGGUCCCAGAAAGGUGCUGGGUCCAAAGGUGAAUUACCAUCUCCCUGAGCUUCCUGUGACCUGCAGGGAGGCAACAGGCACUUUACACAAGAACAAAUUCAAGAAAAGCUCCUCUGAGAAGUGCAUCCAAAUUGAAGAUGGAACUUGGCUCACUGUAUCAGAGUUUGAAAUCAAAGGUGGUCGCCGACUUUCAAAGAACUGGAAGAAGAGCAUCCUCUGUGGGGGCUACACACUCCACUACCUCAUCCAGAAAAAAAUUCUACCCAAGCCUCCAAGAAAAUAUGUCAGGAGGAAAAAGAAUGCAGCUGAACCUGGUCCUAAAAGAAGGUACAUCAGGAGAAAGGAGAAUGCAUCUGAACCUGGUCCUAAAAGAAGGUACAUCAGGAAAAAGGAGAAUGCAUCUGAACCUGGUCCUAAAAGAAGGUACAUCAGGAAAAAGGAGAAUGCAUCUGAACCUGGUCCUAAAAGAAGGUACAUCAGGAAAAAGGAGAAUGCAUCUGAACCUGGUCCUAAAAGAAGGUAUAUCAGGAGAAAGGAGAAUGCAUCUGAACCUGGUCCUAAAAGAAGGUACAUCAGGAGAAAGGAGAAUGCAUCUGAACCUGGUUCUAAAAGAACAUACAUCCGAAGAACGGAGGUAGCAGGAAAGCCACAUUCGAGCCUGUCCCAGUUAUCAGUGAGAAGUCCAGUGACAGUUUCGCUGGCCAACCGACCAAAGUAUCUGGCAAGACUCCGAGUGACAGACUGUAUCUCUGUGAAAUGCCAAAAGAGCACUGGGAUCUUGUACAAGAAAAGAUUUGCUUCAGUCUAUCGGGGAAAAUGCAUCCUGACAGAGACACAGUGGUGUACCCCAGCCGAGUUCUUGUGCCCAGACUCUGAGAUGGAUCUUGUGUCCUGGACCCACAACAUCUUCACUGGCAGUCUGUCCCUGCAGACCCUGAUCGAGAACGAGAUUUUGAAGCUUCACGCUGACAGCUGCGCCUGUACCAUCUGUAAAGGAGACUAUCCCUUUCCAGAGAAUAGUGAUGACUGUUUCGUGUGUGCAGAGGAAGGCUACCUCUUCUGCUGUGAUUCAUGUCCCAAAUCCUUCCAUGAGAACUGCCAUAUUCCCACUAUUCCAGAGAAUUGUGCAGAGUUCAUAUGCACCUUCUGCAUAAUAAAGAAGAAUAAGGCAAUGAGGGCUCAACAGAGUAUCCGCUACCAAGAGGAGUCCCAAGUUAUAAAGCAUCCGAUGAACAUUGAGCAUCAGAUGAAAUGUGAGUUUCUUCUCCUGAGAAUGUACUGUCGCAUGGAAAGUGUCCCCUUUACCAAAGAUCCAUGCCAGAUUAAGAACUAUUCCAAGCAGAUCAGAAACCCCAUGUGGCUGGACCAGGUGAAGGAACGCCUGAGUAACGAGACUUACAACAUAGUAGAGGGCUUUGUCCUGGAUGUACGCCAGAUUUUUUACAACUGCAAGAAAUUUAACAAGAACAACUAUUUUGGUCUUCUGGGAGCAAAGUUGGAGACAGAGUUUGAGAAGGAUUUCAAAGCAGUCUUUGAUAUUAAGGAAGAGGAUAAAGAGGAAAUGAACAAUCCUGGAUCCACACCCAGCUCAUCAACACAGAGCAGCAUUGAGACACAGCAGAGGACUCCCAGGAAUGAUGAAGUAUGGAGAACACCAAUGACCACCCCGAGGACCCAAGCCAUGAAAUCCAUUUUGUGGGAACAAGUCAGAAGUCAUACGGCAGAACAAUCGCUAGAGCUGCCAGCAGCUUGUUCAAGCAGUCUCUUUCCUCAAGCUGAUAUCUUAGAGGAGCCAGAUAUCUUGUAGAUGGGUGAAAAUUACAGCUACAACCAAAUCUUCAGCAAGAAGACUGUUUUCAGUUGGGAACACACCUCCCCUUGGAAUGUUGAACCAGGCUCUCAUAGGAUUCUGUGUUCCAUGUCUCUGUCAAUCAAAAUGCAGUCUGUCUUUGCUUGCUACACAAGGAGCCCAUCCAUUGGAGCCCUUAUCUUGUCAUUCUUCCAGUACGUAGCCUGGUCCCUGGUAGUCAGACCCAAAUAUCUAUACUCCACCUCAGAUAGUAAAAAAUUGACAUCAAGCAUUUACUUACUUCAGCUUUGUUUGUCUGAUUUAAAUAAGAAAGGAGCAGAUGUAGCAGGCAGAGUCUGAAAAACCCCCAUGGAGCAAAGCUCUAGGAAACACAGACCCUCAGAAAAAUGAGGCCAUAGCAAAGCUCAGCUGAAGUCAGACGUGUAGCUCACUCCUCACCUGAGGUCUCGAACCCCUCCCGCUGUAACUGAAUGUUCCUACCCAAAUCACUGAUGUAUGCAUUCCCUGGGAAUGUGGGUUACGUGGUUACAUACUGACAUAUUGAUUUACUAACCUUUAGAAAACUGUCUAGAUUUGAUGAGGGAAGCCAAAUCCAUUGUACCACCUUGGAAAUCAUUACCUUUCGUUGUGUCUGUGAAAGCUUACCUAAGCUCUCAGCUUGUUUCUGCUCUCUCUAUAAAAUGGAAAGCACAAUUAAUAAACUUUAUCAUUGGUCAGCAA